AUGGACGCACCUCGAUCAUCAUCGCGCCCGAGACCCUCAUCCAGGCCCACAACCCCUCUACGCCCCAGCUCGCGCUCUUCAUUACGGGAGGCCCACGGAUAUGGGAAUAGCAUUGGAAAUGCAGGAUACACACAACCCGCCAUCAAUGCCUUGGAGCCUCAGUUCGCUGAGCUGGCCGAUUCGAUGGCAGAUCUCGAGGCCAAUUUCAUGCACUUGCAGCUGAUGCAUGAGAGCCUGACGCGCUUCAGUGAGAGUUUUGCUAGUUUCCUCUACGGAUUGAAUAUGAAUGCGUUCUGUGUGGAUUUCCCAGAGGCUCCGAUUCCAGACUCGUUCAAAAAAGCUAAGCAGGAUGAAGAAGAAAAAGAGGCGGAAUCAGAACCAACACGACCGAUUGAUGACGGCGAGAUGACCUUUAUGACUACGGAUACAACCUUUGUCGAGAAUCCCUCGAACACCACCACCACCUCCUCCUCCUCCUCUAGACCGACGUCCAAGUAUGCUGCGGGCUCACGAGUAUCGUCGCGUGGCACUGCCCGUGGUGCAGCAACCAGCCGGUAUACUACACGAGGCACUGCGCGUGGCGCUCGUCCCAGCGCACUGCCUCGGGGCAGAGGAAUUGGGACUCGGUAA